AUGAGCGAGGAAUCUAUAAAGCAAGAAGUUGUAGACUAUGCAUAUAAAAACUUGAGAGGUAUUCCAAAAGGGAAUAAAGAGUACGAGAAAAUGAUUCUGCAGCUUUCCUACAAUUGCUUUGACCAUGAAUUAUUAAUGUCAAGAAAUUUAGCACACGAAAGAGCUAUUGAUUAUGCUGACAUUAGAAUGAAGGACUAUGACUUUGAUCCAGAAAAACACUAUAAAGCAAGAGAAGAGUACUUAAGAACUAUAUUUGGUAAGCUUGGAGAUAAGAGUUUUAUUGAAGCUCCAUUUUUUGUCGAUUACGGAUUCAAUGUAAGUGCCGGAAAGAAUUUUUAUUGUAAUUUCAAUUGUACUUUUCUUGAUUGCUGUUUGAUUGUGUUUGGGGACAAUUGCAUGUGUGGCCCCAAUGUUACGUUCUGCACACCCACCCAUGCAAUAGAUCCUGAAAGAAGAUUAGCAGGUGAGGAAUCAGCUGGUCCAAUAACUGUUGGUGACAAUGUGUGGUUCGGCGCAAAUGCCGUUGUUUUGCAAGAUAUCACAAUUGGGGAUAACAGUAUUAUUGGGGCAGGUGCAGUGGUUACCAAAGAUGUUCCUGCCAACACAGUUGUUGUCGGAUCUCCAGCUAGAGUUGUAAAGCAUCUUACUCUGGAACAAGACAAAAUAGAGUCAGCCAAUCAUUUGACUUGA